AUGGUUUCCAAACCCCGCAACACGUUCACUCCAAAUCUCCUGCAUCUUGCUUCUACGGCCAAGGCUUCAACACCUCCUUUAUUUUAUAUAGCGGAUUAUGUUAGUGGACUCUACGAUGCGCUUUCUAAGGGUGAUACAGAGGCAGGGUCAUAUUUUGCCAUUUUCAAUAUUCUUUUUCUUUUAUCUCCUCCACCGCCUCCCUUACUCGUGACUCGCUUUAAUCGACUUCACCGCCUAAAGACCUCAGUAGUUUCUGGGGUUUUUGUUCCUUUUCUGCCUUCGGUAGUCUUUUGGGGAUAUUGCGUCUUCCUUUCCGAUUAUUCUCAUAAACAGAAGGCGGUGACGGAAGGAGUUCACUCCAAUAUUCUGAUGACGGAAGGAGUCGCCACAGGUGGAGAAGCAGCUCGAGAAAACGUUGACAGAGGCCAACGCCACCACUGUCAUAUUUUUUUACCUCGAUCGUCACUACCAUCAGCCGCCUAAUCUGGACCUGCGAUUAGGGCUUGAUGAAGACCAUCGCUCCUGCCGGACUCACUACGCGUAUGGUCGAAGAAGGAACGCACUUGAACUGAGAAAUGGUUGAGAUUUUCCCUAACAGUUCCGAAUCAGAGAACCAGUAAUUGAAGAAUCUCCUUUCCAGGCUGCUAAAGAAACAUAAUACCCCUGAUGACAGUUGAAGGACUACGCUUUACGUUUGGUGCUCCUCUUGAUGAAUCACAGAAUUCUGUUACAUUCAAUUCACAAAUUUUGCUGAUGACCCGUAUUGUAUUGACAGCUCAUCCAAAAGUCACAUGUUUAUGAACUAGGUUGGAAGCAGGAUGAAUUCAUGUUACAAGUGUCAUAAAGAUGUAUCUGAUUCGACUGAAGUUGUUGCACGGAUCAACUAUAUUUUGCUUACAUGAGUGUAUGUGAUGGCCCACCCCAAGAUUCCGGCAGCGACCACUAACAACUGCACCAGAUUAGUAGCAGAUUUCGGAUUUCCAGGUGGGAUAUACUGCUUCUACUAAAGUCGCUCUCAGCAUUGAUUUAUAUUUAUCGGUUCCACAGGAGGAUAUUGUUCACAGAGGGGGCUGCAUCAGAAACCAUAAUUCAACAUAAGGGACAAAAGGGGUAUAAUUGUAAUUUUGGUCAUAAGUGUAUCAACUUCUAUUUUUUUCAUCUACAGUUGUUUGUUGCCAUCAUUUUGAAUGCGUCGGUAAGAAAAUUCUUGACCCAUGCGGAGCAUGGGCU